AUGCUGCGCAACUAUAAGCAAUACUUUCAAUUAAUCAGACAAGUAUUCAGUCAAUCUCAACGAUCGUUUCAUCAAAUAAGACAGCUGAAAGAUUUACAACAAAUAUAUGAACUACUUAAAGAGGAAUCUUUAACUUCGACAGCGUCUUAUUCCGAGCCAAUGAAUCCAGAUGGAAUCUUUGCCAAUAACGAAUUAGAUUUAGAAAGAAUAAAAGUUUAUGGUUUUGACUUUGAUUAUACAUUAGCAACAUAUAAACCAACAUUACAUUCACUAAUCUAUGAUCAUGCUAAAACUUUUCUCGUUAAAAAUUUACGAUAUCCAGAUCAUUUAAUGGAUUUUUGCUUUCGACCUGGUAUGGGUGCACGUGGUCUUCAUCUCGAUAUAAAACGUGGAUGGUUAAUGAAAGUUGAUAGUUAUCAUAAUAUUCAAUUAGGCACUGUUUAUCAUGGGAUGCGACAAGUACCAGACGAAGAAGUUAUUGCUGCGCAUCAUGGUACAAAAUUAUCUGUUGACGAAGUGGGUUAUCUUGGAAUGACACCAAAUAUGUUUCAGUUUGUUGAUAUUUUUACAAUAUCUGAAAUAACACUGUUACGAGAUGUUACUCAAUAUUUUAUCGAUAAAAGUAUUCCAUUUGCACCUGAGUAUGUACAUUAUGAUGUUCGAGAAGCAGUUAGUGUUUUUCAUAAAAGUGGUAUGAUGCAUCAAAUAGUUGGUCAAGCUGUUGAAAAAUAUUUUCAAGAAAAUGAUCGUUUAAAACCAUUUUUACUGCGACUUCGUGAUGCCAAUAAGCAAAUAUUUUUAAUUACAAAUAGUAACUAUUGGUACGUUAAUUGUGGCAUGACUUAUUUACUUGGGAAAAGUUGGACAGAUUUUUUUGAUAUUAUUAUAUGUCAAGCGAAAAAACCAUCAUUUUUUGGUGCACAAAAAAGACCAUUUCGAGAAAUCAAUACUCAUAAUAAUUCAAAAUCUUGGGAUCGAGUACAUAAAUUACAGAACGGAAAAGUUUAUGUUGAAGGUAAUCUUACAACGCUUGUUCAAAUGACAAACUGGCAAGGUCAUGAUGUUCUCUAUAUUGGUGAUCAUAUUUACGGUGAUUUAGCAGACUUAUUUCUUACACAUGGAUGGAGAACAGGCGCAAUUUUAGAAGAAGUCAAAGAUGAAAUUAAUGUGAUUAAUUCGGAACCAUUUCAAAAAGCUAUUCGAUGGCUAAAUGUUCUUCAAUGGCUAAUCGAUCAAUUACAGGUGAUUCCAGGUCGUGAAGCUGAUGAAAUCAUGAAACUAUGGGUCGCUGAACGAGAAGAAGAAAGAACAAAAUCUCGUGAUUAUUUUAAUCCUUAUUUUGGUUCUAUAUUUCGAACUUAUACAGUUCCAACAUAUUUUCAUCGUCGUUUAGCUCGUUUUGCUGAUGUUUAUACAUCAAAUGUUUGUAAUUUUCUUAAUUAUCCGCUCGAUUAUAUAUUUUUUCCUCGUCGUAUGGCAUUAGCACAUGAAAAUGUUUUGCCAACGCCUGAUAUCAAUUUAUUACUAAUGAAAACUGCGCAAGAGGCAAUGCGUUUUGAAACUAAAAGUUAA